CUCCGAUGUGGGGUUCCUUAGGUAAGGCGUCGGGAUGGUCCGUCAUCGAGAUAAUUCGGUAAUUUUCGCGCGGCAAAUCAGUCUCAUUUAUCGCUUCACUCUUCCGAAAACCAGAGUGAAGCCCCAAGAUCUCUGUCAUCCUGCCGCCUUCGAACGCUGUCCUCCCCUCCGCCCACCGUACCGGAUACCCGAGUCGAUAAACAGGGCUUCCUCAGCCUACCUCGACGUUCUCCUCACUUUAGGAUCUGCUUUGAAGAUGGCGUACCGCAUCAUAACCAAGAUCGUCAUCGUAGGCAGUCGGGUGCUCGGCCGGUCCUUUGUCGAAGCCUACAAACAGGCGCAGGCCUCCUCCCACUAUGCACGCGCCCAAGCGAAGGCGAAUCCGAACGCGCCCUCGGCCCGCGCCAGCCUGUCCAGCGGCAUGACCCUCGACGAGGCCUGCAAGAUUCUCAACGUCAAGCCGCCGCAGGGUGGCCAGGCCAACAUGGAGGAGGUCAUGGCCCGCUUCAAGAAGCUCUUCGACCAGAACGAUCCCCAGAAGGGAGGCAGCUUCUAUCUCCAGAGCAAGGUACUGAGGGCGAGGGAGCGCAUAGAGGCCGAGGUGAAACCCGCCUUGGAGAAGGCCGCACAAGAGGCCGAGAUAAAGGAAGGGUGGAAACCCAAGGUUUACAAGGACCGGUAGCGCAUUGCUGCUGGCGGCGCAAGGAUACCACGAGCUUGAACUCGGCUUCUUGGCGGUACCCGUCCGAGCCAUAUACCCAAUGACAUUUUAAAAAGGCAUCUUCACUCGACUGCGGCAUGGCCUGGCGUUAUCUGGAGUUCCUCUGAUUUGUUGCUUCACCGGCCGAUCUGCCUUCCUGGUUGGGAUUAGACGAGACAGGAGACAUGAGACGGCAUGUACCAUUAUAAUCGUUGUGUUUGUUGAAGGCACGGUAUUGCAACGGUCCGGUUGACGAUAUAGUAAUAUGAUACGGUUGUUGUAUACCCGAGUCCAACUGCCCCGAGAUCCUCCUCGGGAAAUCGGCGAGAGAUUCUCAUCUUGAACCAAAUUCUGAUUCGUUUGGCUAAAACCUAUCACCUACCGGGAUGUCAUGUCAGGGCGACAUCUCACAGAGCGGGCGUGUAAGGAAGUAGUCAGAAAGUCCCAAAUCUCAAAUCUAGACAGCCAGGAACAGUCCUCCGCCCAGGGAAACGCGGGAAAAUACUUUAUUUUCUGCCUGUUAACCUUUCCACGCUUAUUAGUGAAUGAC